GACAGCAGCAGCAGGUGGAGCCCCGCUCAGUAGCGAGCAGCACUUGGCCGGAAAGCCGCGCCGCAGCCGCCCGGCCGGGAGCUGGCCCGCUAGGCUGGAACCCACGCCGCCCCGGUCCGACCCAGUUUCCCAGGCACCGGGUUACGGAAGCCGGCGGCCGGGGGACGCGGUUGGGGCCGGGGCCGGAUGCAUCUCCGUGCGCACAGCUGCGUUGGAAGACCCCAGCCCAGGGCGCAGGGCUAACGGGACCUGGCUCGCCUCGGCCGCCACCUAAAGACUUGUGCUCCGGGACAAAGCGGCUGUGGGAUUGGGGACCUCGGAGCCCGGGCACCUGGCCGGACGCUCCUGGAGUCUGGGUGGCGCGCUCGCCUCACCUCUUCGGCUCCGGAGCGGAGCGGACAGAGAAGGCUCUUUCCAGGGGACGGACCUCCUCGUCCGGUCCUCUGUGGAGUCCUCGCACCCCAUGCCUGUUGGUCUCAAGAGCCUCUCUAGUUGACACAGGUCUGCAGGUGUUCUCUACUGGUUAGAUUUCUUCCUCGGCGAGGGGAACAGUUGCUGCCAGACAUUCUGUGCCCGUGGGCACUCCACGUCCUGGGUCUCCUGUCCUGCCCGAGUCUUGCCGGCUUCGCUGACCCUCAACUCUGUCUCUGCUUGUUGUGUGUGCUCCUAGCGGUUGGUUUUUCCGGGAUCGUGAGGACGAGCCGUCUUUCUGGCCCCCGUUUGGGAGGGCGCUGGUCUCCAGGGAGCGGCUUUGUGUGUGGUGGGAUCGGGGUCCUCAGCCAUGGCCUUCACCUUCGCUGCUUUUUGCUACAUGCUGUCCCUGGUGCUCUGCGCUGCGCUCAUCUUCUUCGCUAUCUGGCACAUAAUCGCCUUUGAUGAGUUGAGGACGGACUUUAAGAGUCCCAUAGACCAGUGCAACCCUGUCCACGCGAGGGAGCGGCUGAGGAACAUCGAACGCAUCUGCUUCCUUCUGAGAAAGCUGGUGCUGCCAGAGUACUCUAUCCACAGCCUCUUCUGCAUCAUGUUCCUGUGUGCUCAGGAGUGGCUCACCCUGGGGCUGAACGUUCCGCUGCUUUUCUAUCACUUCUGGAGGUAUUUCCACUGUCCAGCAGACAGCUCAGAACUGGCCUACGACCCACCAGUUGUCAUGAACGCGGACACCUUGAGCUACUGUCAGAAGGAGGCCUGGUGUAAAUUAGCCUUCUACCUCCUCUCCUUCUUCUACUACCUGUACUGCAUGAUCUACACCUUAGUGAGCUCCUAACUCCUGCUGAUGGAGAGGCUCCGGCUGGGAACCCCUGCAGCUGUGGCUGGGAAAGGACCAGAUGGGGAUGAUGGAGACACCCAGCUUGGCAGAGACUGAUGGGAAGGAGCUGGAGUCACACAGCAGACAGGGUCAUGUGACCCAUGGGUGUCCGUUGUUGCUGUGUGUGUUGCUGCCUUUGCUGUUCACAUCCCACAUGGAUUGCAGAGCCCCUCUGAGCAUCGGGGGUGCCAGCUUGUAGCUGAUGAAACACUCAACCUCUGGAGAUGCGGUUGUUGCUUUUUUCCUCCACUUCACUGAGCAUCAGUACCUUGCAAGUACCUUGCCAGUUCACAUGGAGUGCCUGCCUGGAUGGCGGGAAUGAGGCCAGAAGCUAGAAGGUACCAGUCAAGGGACAGAAUGACUCAGGGCCAAGGCCAGAUCUUCAGAGAUGAUUGAGACCCUCAAGGAUACCACGGGCUGCCCAAGACUCUUGUUCUAUUUUUUCCAGAGCUAUGGCCUCAUGCUUUGCUCACUGCAAGGCCAGUGGGGUCUGCCCUGAGCCCACUGUCACGUCAUUUUUAGGCCCUGUUUAUGUCCAAGAGCCUGAGCAGUGACUUCCUGAGCUGGGUGUGGGACAGCACAUUGGCAGCAAGCUUUGCCCAAUGUGAACUGGGGAGGGGAGUGUGAGAAAAUGGAGUCUUUAAAUGUUUGCAACAUGUCCCAGGUGUGAGUUCUUCACCAUCCCAAGAUGUGUCCUGCCACGGCACCAAAAAUCCAUCAGAGUCAUGACAUGCCAAUCAGCUGGCUGGCAUGAGCCAAAGCCUAAAAUAACAAACAAACCUCCAAGCAGUUUGAAGUCCAGAAGCAGAGAGCUGCUGUGUACAAGGGUAUGGACAGCCAGGAAGUGAGACACCGUAAUUAUCACUUCAGUUGAUGCUGCACAGCCUUUGUGCUGCUCAGUUCAACGUGGGGACAUCUGCUUAUUUGAAUUUUCCACUUGGCUUUUGCUCCUUUUUUUGGGUGGGAGUUGUACGAGGGGGUGUAAAUAGUGACAAGGCUGUGAUUUUUAUGAUGCUUAAAUUGGGCACAAUGAUUUCGACCUGAUUCCCCAAACCUCCUUGCUUUUCUACUGUUACACACACACACACACACACACACACACACACACACACGCUAUUUAUAUGUGCUCCCAUCUGAAUCCUGUGACUCAGGUUUUUGAAUGGUGUUUGUGUAACACAUUGUGUGCUAUGUUUAAAAUGCAGCAACAACUUCAACGACUCA